AUGAGCCAACGGGAUCGAAAAGUCGGUACUAUGAGACCAGAAAGACGCGGGAAAGAAGCGCCCCCAAAGUUACAUGCGCUGCAAGCGGGCAUCAAAGAAUUCUUAGACUCGCCAGAAUCACAAGCUCUCCUUGCAAGUCUUGACAUAAACACCGAAACACUAAAAGAUGCUCUGCCCAAACGAUUUACGAUAUACGAGCCUCUCGCACUUCUUCCAGCGAAUGUCUUCAGCGCACCCCCAGAAUGGGGCACAUUUAAUGCGGCGUUAUCAUCACAGCAACGAGAAUCAUUGUAUGCAUCGAUGGCCAAAAGUUUCAAGCGACUAAGCGCCACGCACAUUGCAAUGAACGCUCCUAUUACUUUGACGAACAAUAAAGGGAGUGAGAAUCGCAUGCGCAGUCCCGCGGGCCUUAUUCCCCUCUAUGGUGACUUUCAGGUUCCAAACUCAGCCUCAAAUCUGGGCGACGAGCAUGCGCAGCCGAGUGCUGAAGAUCUCAAAGCUGCUUUUUGGGUACGAACAAUACAAAAUCAUGGCAUAGUUCAAAUAUGGGCACCAUUAUACACAAUGUUCUCACGAGGAAAUGUCUCGGAAAAGGCACGUAUCCUAGGGCAAGGUCCGUUCGAAGGCAAGUUCCAGGGACUGGACAAGUCUUCUUUGCAGGGUCAAUUAUUGGCGGAUAUAAGUGUCGUUGAUAUGUAUGCUGGGAUUGGUUAUUUCGUUUUUUCUUAUCUAAAGAGAGGCGUCAAGCGUGUGUGGGGAUGGGAGCUGAAUGGCUGGUCAGUGGAGGGUUUACGGCGAGGAUGUGAAGCAAAUAAAUGGGGUUGCAGGGUUGUUCGAAUUUUGGAAAAUGGUCAACUGGAGACAUCAGUCGAAGAUUUAGUGGAUACCCUUACGGACUCUGAUAGGGCCGUGGUGUUCCAUGGAGACAACCGCUUUGCAGCGGAUAUUCUGGGAGAAAUUCAAUAUAGAAUGCAAAACUCGGAGACGUGGCGACCAGUUCGACAUGUUAAUUUGGGGCUUCUUCCAUCGUCUCAGCCAUCUUGGGAUAAUGCGUGUCGAGUGCUUGACUCGCAACAGGGAGGUUGGCUGCACGUACAUGAAAACGUUGCUGUGCAAGAGAUCGAAGAAAAAAAGGAGGCGAUAAUGGCUGAGCUGGGAGAUCUCCGAAGUAACGCUCACCAUCAAAACAGCACCCUGGAAAAUCCUCGUGUGGAAUGCUGCCAUGUGGAACGUGUGAAGACAUAUGCCCCUGGGGUUAUGCACUGCGUAUUCGAUAUUGCUUUGUCAUGA